AUUUUUGCAAAUUAAUACAAGAAAACUUGCAUAAUCAUCGAAUGAGACGCCAGGAAAAUCCAUUUCGAAAGUGGUGAAUUAAUUUUUUGUACAAUUAAUUAAUUACUCAACCGGAAAUGCUGCACAUGGAGACGGAGUUAUGAAGUUGGAGGGGAAUGAGGCAAAAUGAGACCACCUCGGUGGUGGUGGAUUUUGCUUAAGCAAACGUUUGCAUACAUUUUGUUUAACUACAUCUGCAAUUCCUGCAUUAUUUACAUUCGAAUUAAGUAUUAUAGCAUCAAAAUUGGUCCAAUUUAAAAAGUUUUGGCGACAGAAUACUAUAAAAUGAGCAGUUCGAGUUCGAGCUCAAGCUCGUCGUCCUCCUCUGGAGACUCUUCUUCUUCGGAGUGGUACCCAUCUAGUGAGGAGGACGACGAGGAAAUGACGCUGGAGGUGGGUCGGGUUCCUCUUCGUCUGGGCAAGGAAUCGCUUCCCUUGCCCAGUACUUCAAUAAAUGACGACGAGAAAGAAGAUUCUCCCAUGCCGCAUGAUGAAGGCGAGGAGGAUGAAGAGGACAAGUAUUUCAGGACACUUACGAGGAGGAAGGCGCCUGCACAAAGCAGUGAUGAUGACGAUUUGCUCAAGCAAUUUGAGAUCAAACCGUCCUUCGUCCUGAUCAAAGAAGGGAAGUGUGACCCUAACUGGAGGCCCUCACUUGAUGAGGAGGGGGAGGACGAAGAAGAAGAAGAAUCUAAACCGGAUGAAAGUGACGAUGAUGAUGAAGAAACUGUUGCUCCAGCAAAGAAAAAGCGACCCUAUCUAAAGCAUACAAAGCGUGUCAGCUUGGCUGGAUGGACGAAGGAACAAAUACGGGAGCGAAAAAAUCAACAAAACAGAGUCUUCUACCAUCGUACAAUGAAGGACCCUGCAGAAAGAAAUAAGAAAAGGACACAAAAUGAGAAAUAUAAAAAUAGCCAGCGGAAAAACAAUGCAGACGAAUAUAGAAAGAAGAAUAAAGAUAAUUGCUCGACAUUUAAAAAUAAAAAACUAGAAGAAAACGAAGAAAAGUUCAGAGCUGAACAAAAAAAAUACUUUAAAGAAUAUAGAUUACGUCAGUUAGAAAAGGAUCCUGAUUUUGAUAAAAAAAAAUAUAAAAAACAAAGGGAACGUCGAGAAGCCCUAGUCGGGGAAGACUUGGCCGAGCUUCGUCGAAAAGCAAUACUUCGUAUUGACCAAUCAACCCUAAACUCCUGGUUAAGUCUCCCUGCCUACGCGCAGUUCAAUAAUUCAGCUGUCAACUUUAACAACCAUCUGGCCACCCUCUCCACAGCCGAGUUAUUGGAUUCGAAGUAUUCGGACCUCGUUUCGGAAGCAUUUCUCCAGAAAAAGUCUUAUUGCAAUUAUUGGGUCGGGGGAUUCAAGUGGGAUGGAAUCCAUAAGAUGACCCCGGCCCAGGUUGAGGCCCACGUCCUCGCCAACAAAGACGACCCCGACUUCUCCAUCAACCUCUACUGGGGGUAUUUCUCCGGUGGUCAGCGUUCCGCCACCUAUCACCCACGCUCUCCUUCUUCUACGGUGUGGAAGAUGUUGGACGAGGACUUCCGAUGCUUCGAAUUGCACAUUUUCGGAUGCAAUCUGGCGGACUUCUCUACAUUGUCCGGAAAUUUGCUAAAGCAAGCGGUAAUCGAGUCGGAUGCAUACGCCCAUCGAUUGGAAGAAACUUGGCAUGAAGAGAAAUAAGCGAGAUUUCGAGGGGAUGCGAGUCAAUUUCAUGAAUAGUCGCCCGGAACCAGUCUCCACCGAGGAUAAGAAGGAUGCUGAACAACUUGCUAAAGCAAAAUUUAACUAUUUUAACUUCGAUGGUGAAGAAGAACA